GUUUACUAUAAAUGUCUGAACAGCUUUACAACCUGGAUUAGAAGAGUUGCUGCUCUAAAUGAUUCAGAUUUGGAAGAAGAGCUCAAAUUGGUCAACAAGAAUUCACUCAAUGCAUUCGCAAGAGCAAUUGGUCGUAUCCGUCGUCCCGAACUAGAUUCUCAUACAUACAGAAAUGGAACGUAUGAAGCACAUCCCCAUGCAGAUACAAUCAAUUUAUUGGUUUCUAUUGGAGAGUCUACACUAUCUGCCAUCAAUUCGGAAACACCAGUCAGUUCUCAUAUAGAUGACAAUACUAGAAUCAAGGUAUGA